CAGACGAAUUCCACACCCGCAAGUGGUCUGAUGUCGCGCAGCGGAUCAGUUCCUGAGCAGCGCCAGCAGGCGUCGGAGGCGGACGCCACGGCCACAGCCUUCCGGGCGAGCGGUAACCGCAGGGCUUCUGGGACUCGCUGGGACGCGGAACCGAGCCCUCCCUUUCCUUAGGAAGUUAUCGUCCCUACCCCCAGAACAUCAGCAUAUCCGCUAUAACCCACUACAAGAUGAGUGGGUGCUGGUGUCAGCUCACCGCAUGAAGCGGCCCUGGCAGGGGCAAGUAGAGCCCCCGCUCUUGAAGACAGUUCCCCGCCAUGACCCCCACAACCCUCUGUGUCCCGGGGCCACACGGGCCAAUGGAGAGGUGAAUCCCUACUAUGAUGGCACCUUCCUGUUUGACAACGACUUCCCAGCUCUGCAGCCUGAUGCCCCCAGUCCAGGACCCAGUGAUCAUCCCCUUUUCCAAGCAGAGGCUGCUCGAGGAGUUUGUAAGGUCAUGUGCUUCCACCCCUGGUCGGAUGUAACGCUGCCACUCAUGUCAGUCCCUGAGAUCCGCACUGUCGUCGAUGCCUGGGCCUCAGUGACAGAGGAGCUGGGUGCCCAGUACCCUUGGGUGCAGAUCUUUGAAAACAAAGGGGCCAUGAUGGGCUGUUCCAACCCCCACCCCCACUGUCAGGUGUGGGCCAGUAGUUUCCUGCCAGAUAUUGCCCAGCGUGAGGAGCGAUCUCAGAGGGCCUAUCAAAAUCAGCAUGGAGAGCCCCUGCUAAUGGAGUAUGGCCACCAGGAGCUGCUCAGAAGGGAACGUCUGGUCUUAACCAGUGAGCACUGGUUAGUAUUGGUCCCCUUUUGGGCAGUGUGGCCCUUCCAGACACUGCUGCUGCCCCGUAGGCAUGUGCGGCGUCUGCCUGAGCUGACCCCUGCUGAGCGUGAUGAUCUAGCCUCCAUCAUGAAGAAGCUCUUAACCAAGUAUGACAACCUAUUUGAGACAUCCUUUCCCUACUCCAUGGGCUGGCACGGUGCUCCCACAGGAUCAGAGGCUGGAGCCAACUGGGACCAUUGGCAGUUGCAUGCUCAUUACUACCCUCCACUCCUGCGCUCUGCCACCAUCCGGAAAUUCAUGGUUGGCUAUGAAAUGCUUGCCCAGGCACAGAGGGACCUCACCCCUGAGCAGGCUGCAGAGAGACUAAGGAUGCUUCCUGAGGUUCAUUACUGCUUGGGGCAGAAGGACAGGGAGACAGCAACCAUCGCCUGACCACGCUGACCACAGGGCCUUCUGCUUGAGGGAUCCAGGGCCUAGGGUUUGGGAAGAUGUGGGAUCAAUAAAACUAAACUGUGUUUCUCAAACUUUAA